CCGCGCGGUGACGACGUGAGACUUUUGGCAACAGCAAUUUAUACGAUGAGACGAAGUCUUGUCUUUCACUAUGAUUUGGUUUUUCUCCGUGCGCAUAAUAAAAACAAAACAAGCAAACAGGAUUUUUUUUAGCUAAAAGUAGGGACAAAUCAAUUUAAUUAAUACGAGUUUUAUUGGAGGACGAGAUUUCUGCAUCCAUUUAUUUUUGUCCUCAGAGAAAGCUUUUUUGAAGGAGCAAAUCGAUGUGGUGAAGUGCAGAACCACUUGACUUUCACUCACUCGCUCGCUCGCUCGCUUUCUUUCUGCUACUGUUGUCCCACAAAUUUUUUGCUCAGUUCACCUCCUGUUCCGUUUAUGGCAACUGUUUUGUUAAUUGAUACGAGAGACCGACCGAUAUUGGACCUUGUUCCUGUGAAAGGGAAAUAAUAAUUGAACACUGACAACGAAGACUGGACCAGGCCCACCAAUUCCACAUCUACUAACUCUAUACAAACUUCAAUAAUAAGAAUUCGCAUUAAUUUCACUACAAAAAAGAUGUCUCUUUUGAAUGAUACGAAAGUCUUUCUUCUGGAUGGAGGUUUGUCUAACGAUUUAAAUAAUCGGGUUCCCUUUGAUUUGCAUAAGGAGCCCCUUUGGACCGCGAAAGCUCUCAUCACAGACCCUGACGCGGUGGUUGCAACACAUUUGGAAUAUCUUCAAGCUGGAGCAGAUAUUAUUGAAACAUCAUCUUACCAAGCGACACUGGAGGGCUUUAAGGACUUCAUGAAAGUCGAUUCUGAUAGUGGCAAAAAGUAUAUUAGAGAUUCAGUGACUUUGGCUAAAGUAGCAGUGGAUAAAUUCAAAGCCUUGGAUGAAAGUUGCAGUAGAUUCCCUUUGGUUGCUGGUUCUAUAGGGCCUUACGGUGUUUUACGAUGCGAUGGCUCCGAAUACUCUGGUUCUUAUAUGACCACUGUGACAAAAUCUGAAAUUGAAGACAUGCAUUUGCCACGUAUAAUGUCACUCGUUGAUGGAGGCGCUGAUAUCUUGGCAAUUGAAACAAUGCCUUCCCUGGAGGAAGUAAAGAUUAUUCUGGAUUUGGUGAAACUCCACUCACCCAACACAAAUGUCUGGGUUUCUUUUUCAAUUAAGGAAGGCAAACCGUGUCAAACAGCAUUUGGAGACCCUAUGGAAGAUGCGUUCAAAACAGUUGCAACUUAUGCACAGGUUGUAGCAUGUGGAAUAAAUUGUUGCAUGCCUAAGGACGUGGAAACUUUCUUAAAAAAUGUAAAAGUCUACAAAGCAAUUAGACCUUUGGAGAUUAUAGUAUAUCCAAAUUCUGGACAGGAUUGGGUACCUGGUCAAGGGUGGAUCAAAAGCCCAGUACCAACCCUGGACACUUAUUUGUCAUCUUGGAUAUCUUUGGGGGCUAAUAUUGUUGGUGGAUGCUGCCAAGUUGGACCUGAUCAAAUUAAAACAAUGCGGUCCAUCGUUGACAAGCACAACAACGAAAAUUAAUGUUAUAGCGAAUAAUGAUGAUAUAUUUGAUGCUCUCAAGCAUUGAAUUGUUAUUAGAAUAUAAUUUCAGGAUUAAAUGGAAUCGUAUAAUUUAAUAAAUAUUAAUUCAUGAUAACGA